UCUGCAUAACAGGAGUUGAAGCGCCAAGAAUGAGUUGCGUGGAUUUGAUGUAUCAGUUCUACUCGCCGUAUUUCUCCUACAAGUCUCAAUCGGAUGAUACGCAGAAAUAUUCCCACCAAGCCUCCAUAUACGACACAACAUUCCCAGCCCCGGGGCCUAGCAGUUUCCUGGACAAUGUCCACCACCCGGAGAAGGACCUCAGGGACUCGGACAAAACCUGCCAACCUAAGGCCACCCAAUAUCUAGCCUCCAACUGCGUGCUCUUUAUCUACUUCACUGGGGAGGCCGCCACGGUUGUUGAUGAGCACUUUACGAGGGCGUUAAGUCAGCCGAGCAGUUACACGCUGGACAAGCAGGUCCAGAGCAACAAGCCUUACAACAGAUCAGACACACCCUUAAUGUGUCACCGGAAGUUGCCGCCAUCUUUCUGGAACUCCGCCUACCAGGCUCCCUGCAAUAACAACAGCAACUUCUCCCUGGGGGCCGACGCCUACUUCCAGUCCUCGCUCUACAACUUCCACAAGACCUGGCCCUACCACUACGGCACCCAGUCCCACGCCUACCCCCAGAGCGCCCUGUCCUACCCCAGCAUGGACGCCACGGGCAGGCUGACGUCACACUACGGCUCGCUGAUGAUGUCGGGCCCCUCGUUGACAGGGAGGAUGGCCGACACGCGUCAUCACAGUCAGUACGAUCUGACCAAGUCCACAGACGCCUUUUCGGGCUAUUAUGGGAUGGGGAGGUUUGGUUCGGAGAUGGAGACUAGUCUGCCGGGUUUAGACCUCCCGUUACAGCAAGCUAAGAAAGAACAUUAUUGGUGAUUUGUUGAAAAAAAAACGAACAACAAUAUAAACAAUAUAUAGACAAGAUACUGGGAA